GGGGUGAAAGAGAGAGGGAGGUGCGUCCCCUGAAGUGGGAGGGGAGUGGGUAAAGAGGCCACCUUGACAGCUAUUCUGAGAGGAGUUUGGGGGGGGUGAAAGAGGAGCCUUCCCCCAAUGCCCCUGAGGCUGAAGUGUGGGGAGAGGCCACCUUGCUGGCUGUUCUGAAGGAAGAUGGGAGGGGUGAGAGAGAGAGAGAGCAGAUACACCCCCAAUUAUUCACCCCCUGAGGUUGAUGUGGGGGAGAGAAGCCACCUUGAAUAUCCUGAAGGUUAGUGGGGAGGGGGGGAGAUGAGAGAGGAGAUGAUUUCCCCCCCUUCCUUCAAAUGGGGCAGGGGGGCGCCUCUGCUCUCCUUUCGCCCCUGGACGCGCUUGCCUUAUUUGGGGCUGGGGGGCUGAAGGGGUGGGAGGGCUGAGGGCCGGCAGAGACUGACUGGCAGGGGGUUAACCCCCUCCUGCUGCUCCCCUCCCCCUCCCCCCCACCUCCAAAAGGGGAAUUUUCCAGCUGGUAAUUUCUGCUGCGUCAACACCCAGCUGGAGGGAGUGGAGAGGAGGGAGACAAGGGGGCAUUUUCACAGCAGCGCCACUUCGCCAAAGAGGACCAACCACCCUGGCCUGGCUGGGCUGAUAAAAGAGAUAUUUAAUUUAUAUAUAUAAAAAAACUUUUUAAAAAUUAAGCAUCUGUGCAAGUUGGACCAAGAGUUUACUCAAGACAGAGAAGGGGAGAGGAUAGAGUGACACCAAACUGCUUGGGAGAAAAGAAAAAAAAAGGGGAAUGAGAGUGUGCAGACGUGGGAGUGCAAAUACUUCUAAAUGAAUAAUCAGAAGGAAGACAUGGAGAUUGCCUCCCAUUAUCAUCAUCUGCUUCAGGAACUCAAUGAACAAAGGCAGCAUGGUAUCCUCUGCGAUGUUUGUAUUAUAGUGGAAGGAAAGAUUUUCAAGGCUCAUAAAAAUAUUUUACUUGGGAGUAGUCGUUAUUUCAAGACAUUGUAUUGCCAGGUGCAGAAGACCUCUGACCAAGCCACAGUCACUCAUUUGGAUAUUGUAACGGCACAGGGCUUUAAAGCAAUCAUUGACUUCAUGUACUCGGCACACCUUGCAUUGACCAGCAGGAAUGUUAUUGAGGUGAUGUCAGCUGCCAGCUAUCUUCAAAUGACUGAGAUUGUGCAAGCUUGCCACAAUUUCAUAAAGGCUGCUCUUGACAUAAGCAUAAAGUCUGAUGCAUCGGACGACCUUAUUGAUUAUGAGUUUGGGGCUUCCUCUAGCAGCAGUACGGAUGCCCUGAUUUCUGCUGUCGUAGCUGGUAGGAGCAUAUCUCCCUGGCUGGCUCGAAGGACAAGUCCAGCAAACUCUUCUGGAGAUUCAGCUAUUGCUAGCUGUCACGAAGGAGGAAGCACCUGUGGAAAAGAGGAUCAAGAGCCAAAAUCAGAUAGUCACGAUGACGUUUCAUCCCAGUCUCUUUGGUCUACGGAUUUGGCCUAUGGGACUUUGCGUGUCAAAGAAGAACAGAUCUCUCCCACUCAUUAUGGAGGGAAUGAAUUGCAGUCUGCCAAAGACAGUGCAAUGCAAAAUGCUUUCUCAGAGCAAGGAACUACAGAUGGGUGGCAGCCUACAGGGCGUAGAAAGAAUAGAAAAAAUAAGGAUACUGUGCGCCAUAUCACACAACAACUUGGAGAGGACAGCAGGACAACUUCACCAGUGCCACCCUUUCUAACUGCCCCUGGAUGGCCAUACAGUAAUCAAGAAGCAAGUGUGGAUCUGACGGGGGCAGAGUCCAACAAUUCUGACAACAGAAUAGAGAGAGUGGAUCUUUAUGCAAAGGUUGAUGAAGCACUCCUAGGAGGUGAUGUGAGUUAUCUCUCUCAGCCACUUACUCCAGAGAACGAGGAUGCACUUCAGGCUCUAGCAGUUGCUAACUUGCGGGCAGCUCUUAUGAGCAAGAAUAGCUUAUUGUCCUUGAAAGCUGACAUGCUGGGAGAAGAAAGUUCUCUGCUCUUUGAAUAUUUACCCAAAGGCACACACUCAUUGUCUUUAAAUGAGUUCACAGUCAUCAGGAAGAAGUUCAAGUGUCCCUACUGCAGCUUCUCAGCCAUGCACCAAUGCAUCUUGAAAAGGCAUAUGCGAUCCCACACAGGAGAACGACCCUACCCGUGUGAAAUUUGCGGGAAGAAAUUCACCCGGCGAGAACACAUGAAGCGGCACACCUUGGUUCACAGCAAGGACAAAAAAUACGUCUGCAAAGUGUGCAGCCGAGUGUUUAUGUCCGCCGCCAGCGUGGGCAUCAAGCACGGUUCCCGUCGCCACGGCGUGUGCACUGACUGUUCUGGCCACAGCAUGGCUGGCCACUUAGAAGCCAGUGGCGGAGACGGGUCCCCGGAGGGAUUGUACGGCCCCGAGGGCCCUUACGCUGAGGACCCCGACGACCUCAAGGCGGAAGGAGACGAAGAGGAGGAAGACGACCUGAAAUGGAAAGAGGAGAUGGAGAUUUCGCAAGACGAGGCCAUCUUGGAAAACGACAAAGAUGGCGCUGACUCUGCCCCAGAGAACCCUGGGGAGACCGACAAGGAUUUCGCUUGGAUUUCUUAGGGAUUUGGGGGGGGUUUCCUACCGGUUUGGGGAUCGCAGGGUGGGAAGAGCUGUUAUCAGGGAAGCUCCAGUAGCCUGGCCAUUGUCCCCGAGUAUAGAAACGCAUUGUGUGUGAAGACUUCCCCCCCCCCCCCAAAGAACAUCUGAUAACUUCCCUAUCGGAUUUUUGCAUCAAUAAGCAUUUUCCCUCGAUGCCGUCACUUCCUUCUUUUAAAUCCUUCCAACCGUUUUAAAAAUAGGAAAAGAAGAAACCCAACCCUCAAAUCUUUUCAGUCGGAACCGACCAGGUUAUAUUGCAGGCAGCAUGGAGUUUCCUCUCUCAAAUAUAUAUAUAUAUAUAUUUAUUAUUUUUCCACAGUCAGACUUAACAGAGAGAGAACAUGUGCUUCUCCAACGAUAAUGAUCAAAAAUGUUUUAAAAUAACUACCCUCCCAGCAGCAGGGGAACGUGGUAUCAAGGUUACCGGUGGUAAACAAAACAGUGGGAAGCGUUUGAGAUCCCAGCCGGAGAGAACAAUAGGCUUUGCCGUUUGCAGCAGCCUUCACUAGACUGUUGUCCUCUUUCCCUGGAGUGGGUUGAUCAAAGGAUUAAUUUAGCCCACUGGCAUUUGAAUAACCUCAGGUUGCUUCCAUUUAUAACUUGCUUGCUAAUGAGGGCAGAGCGAGAUACCCACGCCACAAAUAUGCCCCCUUGUGGCUAAGCCUCAAAAAAAUCCACUUUUCUGUCUUUGGAUUGUGUCAUUCAGGGACAGAAGCGAGGUUUGAACGGAGCAUUGUGGCAGUGUGAGGAACCAAAGAGUUUUCUUGGCCGAAGCUCCGUUAAGAAAUAGCUGUGUUGGGUUUGUUACUAAGCCACGCAUCAAGUAACUAUGUCGGCUGGGCCGAUCUUUGCCCUUGCGUCGAGUGGGGAACCUCUCAAGGAAUGAGUUGCUAAUCAGUCCACAAGACCACAUCGAUAUAUCGCAAGCAAGGAAAAUUCCACUUGGUUUCCCAGCCUGGAUAGCAGAUGCCUUUGACCGCCCUAAGGAAAAUCUCACAUAUUCUUCCAAAGGCCUUAGUACCUCUUUAUCUGGAGUUUUAGGAUCUGCGCAUUUGGGGAAGCAGCCUUCGGUAUUUAAACAAGAUAUUUUGUGACCUUUCUCCUCUGUAAUGAUUGAAUAGGAUUUCUGGCUGGUUACUGCUACUUUUCUGGGACAGCUUUAAAAGGGUCAUUUGGCCAAUUCGUUCUUUUAUCUUGGCCUCCUGCACUGAAGCAGAAAAAAAUGCAUCUGAAACCUCUUGUUCUUAGCUGCAGAACCUGUAGAUUCAUUCCGAAUACUGUGAGGCUCAAAACCAUUACCUGACCUUAAAAAAAACAACUCUCUGAGUCAGAGAGGUCAAACAGUUAAAGGUGCUGAUUCCCUCUCUCUCUCUCUCUCUGUGUGUGUGUGUGUGUGUGUGUGUGUGUGUGUGUGUGUGUGUGUGUUCGGGCAAACCGGUGGCGGCAGUGGGAGGCGUGUUCAGAAGAUGCGUGCGCCCACGAGUGAACCGGUAACGGGUUUUUGAAACCCACUAUUGGUGUGCAUGCAUGUGUGUCUAACUAGUAACAUAGGGUCUGUGUAUUGUCAGAUCUGAUAACAAAGGUAACAUAUCGUAAUUUCUAAAGAGUAAUAUAUCCUUUCCUUCUCUGGCACUUUUUCUAACUUUUGGAAUCUUGAAAUGUUUUAAUAAUGUAACCUAAGGAGUUGGGAACAUCCUAGUUUCAAGAGUUUUGUUUCAUUUUCUCUAUUACUUUUCAAUUGUAGCUGCUUCGUAAGUCAAUGGAGGAGGGAGAAGUGUACAAGAAUGAAAGACACCUGGCAUUGUUAAUCCUCCAGAAAGAAUCACCUUAAUGUUUCUAAAAGAGAGAAAGUGAAAGAAAAGCAUCAUUUCCUAGUUAAAGAACUUCCUAUGCAGGUUUGUAGAGGAGCACCCUUGGCUUAACGUACUAAAUAAACCCAGUUAGAAAAUGAGUGCAGAAGGGGUGCCGAAUUGCAGGGGGUUGUACUUACGAUUAUUAUUAUUUUUAUUUAUUAAAGUUGUAUGCCGCCCAUCGCUCUGCAAAUAA